AUGAACGUUGUCGCGAGUGGCCUCGAGACGGUCGGCGGCGACGCCUGCACGAGCACGCUCCAGGAAGGCCUAAAGCAGCUGCACACGCUUGUCGCCAGCGACAAGCCGGACGACGUCGCGACGCUCAAGAAGCUCUUCAACCCGUGCACGCCGUUUACGUCGGACCACGACCGCAUGGACAUUGAGGCCAACAUUAUGGGCGCGUACCAGGGCUUCUCCCGGGACAACGACUGGGACUCGUACGUCCUCAAGAACGCGUGCGCCGACUUGACGGCCAAGGACGGCUUGAGCCCGCUCGAGAAGGUCGCCAAGAUUAACGCGCGCGGCUUCUCGGCGACCAACAAUUACACCGGAUCCAGCUACGAGGCCGACUGGGUCACUGGUGUCUCGGGCACUGCGAUCGAUACCGAAAACAUCAACCGCCAGUGGACGUGGCAGACCUGCAACGAGUUUGGCUUUGGCCAGACCGCUGCCAAGAGUACGGGACCGUUUUCCGAGCUCAAAUAUGUGACCGCCGACCAUGUCUACUACCAAAUGCGCAAGGACGUCUUUGGCAUCACGGACGCGGACGCCCGCAUCGCCGCCAAGCGCGCUGACUUUCACGGUCUCGCCAUCGACGUCGGCAACGUCAUUUUUCCUGGUGGCACCAUCGACCCGUGGUCGGCGCUCUCGGUCGCCAACUCGACGCACCUUGCCAACCCGACGUCCAAGGCCGUCGUCAUCGAGGGGGUCUCGCACUGCGGUGAUAUGUACACGCCCCGCGCCACGGACUCGCCAGCGCUCGUCGCUGGCCACGCGCAGAUCGACACCGCCAUCGCGAGCUUUGUGAGCAAGUAA